AGGAUACAGUGGAGUGUAGAUAAAGCGGUGCUUUGAGUCAUACAUACAGGCCCAGCUAGGCCUGUGUUACUGCAUUCAGGCAAACCGUAUACGUUCUCCUGCUGUGUCCUAUAUUUCAGGGAGGAGGGACUCGGCAACAGUGACUGAGCAGCUUCUCAUGGAGCAAACCAUUUCAGCCAGGGUGAGUGGGAGGGGGGAGUCCUGUGUGCAGUAAAGCAUGGGGGAUAAGUCCGUUCCUAAAGCGUGCGCGGUUAAGCUCCCCAAGGCUCCUCCGGGAGGGGUCUCUCCUUGUGAACUGUCUUCUUGCUGCCACAGAGUCUCCCUCACUCCAUUCACAGUGCUUGGGGACUGAGUUCAUAACCACCUCCCCUUCUUUUUCGCUCCGUGGUGGGCUGUCCUUCUCUCUUAUUGCCAUACAUCGCUGUUCUGUCUGUGAGGGAGGUGAUUAGAGUACCCUGGUGUGAGCGAACGAGCGAGGCCUGGAAAGCUCAGUUAAAGAGAGGAGACAUGGAGAUAGCAGCCAGCCUGUGGAAUGGAGAGCUUGUGGCGGUGUUCUGCCUCUCCCAAAACCCAUGCCGUUGGACGAGUUAGUGCUCUGGCCGUGGACUGCAGCUUCUUCUUUUGCUCUCAGCCCACUCCUUGAGGCUGCUGCCUGGCACCUGCUUGUUCCUCCUCUGACUGACUGACUGCCGGGCUCCUCUACGUCACACACACAUACACAUAUAGGCCAACGCUAGGCCGAGCUUAGCUGAGCUGGGCUUCAGGUGUGCUGAAGCUCAGAAUGAGUGCUGUAGGGGAAAGGGCACUGGACCCUGCCACGUCAGAGCCUCGUAAGAGGAAGGGCUCGCUAUGCGACAUCUCAGGCCAGAGUGUGGAGAAGCGGCGGCGGGAGAUGGAGUGUCGUUACAUAGACGAGCUGGCCGAGCUCCUGUCUGCCAACAUGGGCGACAUCGCCAGCCUCAACGUCCAGCCAGACAAGUGCCACAUCCUCAAGAGCACUGUGGACCAGAUCCAGCAGAUCAAACGGCGCGAGCAGGAGAAAGCGUCUCUAAUAUCACCAGAGGACAAGGUGCAGAGGAGUGACAUUUCGUCCAGUAGUCAGGGCAUGGUGGAGAAAGAGGCUCUGGGGCCGCUGCUGCUCGAGGCCCUGGACGGCUUCUUCUUUGUGGUCAACCGCGAGGGCCGGAUCGUGUUUGUGUCAGAGAAUGUGACGGGUUACCUAGGUUACGCCCAGGAAGAGCUGAUGACCUCCAGCGUGUACAGCAUCCUCCACGUGGGAGACCACAAUGAGUUCAUCCGCAACUUGCUGCCCAAGAGCCUCGUCAACGGGGUGCCGUGGCCCCAGGAGCAGGGCUGGAGGAACAGUCACACGUUUAGCUGUCGGAUGCUGAAGAGGCCCCCUGAUGAGGUGGACUCCGAGAACCAGGAGGCACGGCAGCAGUACGACAUCAUGCAGUGUUUUACUGUCUCCCAGCCCAAAGCCAUGCAGGACGAGGGAGAUGACCUGCAGACCUGCCUGAUCUGCAUAGCCUGUCGGAUGCCUCGCCCCCAGCAGCUCCCCGCUAUCAGCACUGAGUCCUUCAUCACCAAACAGGAUCCCACAGGGAAAAUCAUCUCCAUAGAGACCAGUGCUCUGCGGGCGACAGGGCGACCAGGCUGGGAGGACCUGGUCAGGAAGUGCAUCUACGCAUUCUUCCAGCCACAGGGGAAAGAACCCUCCCACGCCAAGAAGCUGCUCCACGAGGUGAUGACCCAUGGCACGGCCAUCAGUCCUCUUUAUCAAUUCAACCUGAGCGACGGGACCCCCCUCAGCGCUCAGACCCGCUGCAAGUUCUGCUGCCCCCCCAAAUCCGACGUUCAGCCCUUCAUCAUGGGCAUUCACACUAUUGACAGGGAACACAACACUGCUAGCUCUCAGGAAAACACUAACUCCAGCCUUCUACUGACCCAUGGGAGCCCUGCUUCCUCCCACCCUUCCCGUUCCCCUGUCUUACCCAUGGGCAUCGAGGCCAGUCAAGCCCCAGGCCCCACCUCAAGCCUCCAUCUCAACAACGGAAACAGCUCCGGCACCACCACACCCACCAGCCAUUCAGCAGGGUACCUGACGCCCAACCGGUUGUGUCCUCAGCAGGUCAACAGCCCCUCACCCCUGGGCAGCCCCCUCACAGCCAUCCCUACCUCAUUCAUGUCGCCCAGGCCCCCCAGGGGCAGCCCGGGGCUGGGCGGCAGCCCGCGCGUCCCAGGGAACCCCUUCUCCCCUUCCACCCCUGGCCUGCACUCUCCGGCAGGGGCCUUAGGAGGUGGAGGUGGUGGUGGGAGCGGUGGAAUCCUCAGCAGGCAGCACUCUGGUGGGGACGGUGGAGCAGGGACCCCUCUGGGUUUCUCUCUGCCCUCCCCUCUACCUCAGAGGAAGGCCAGCACCCCCACCAGCUCCCCAACGCACCCUCCCCCCGCCAAGCCCCCUGAGGGAAAAGGAGGAGGUGGGGGAGGAGAGUACCUGGGGGGUAACCCCAAACUCAACCAGCUCCUGGACAAUGGCAGAGUGGGGCCGCCUGGGGACUCCAACAACACCGCUCCUAACAUCCACCCCAACACCACCGCUCCUAACAUCCACCCCAACACACCCACCUCCACCCCUCAGUGCCCGGCCUCCCACAGCACGCUGACGGAGCGCCACAAGAUCCUCCACCGCCUCCUGCAGGACAGCAGCCCGGCCGAGGGCGGCAACAGCAAGGAGUCUGAGAUCAAGAAGGAGCCUCCUGCUAGCCCUGCCACCGCCAACCCCAACGGACCCCCCACCACCCCCCAGGACCACCAGCUGCUGCGCUUCCUGCUGGACACGGAUGAGAAGGACUUGAGAGACCUGCCCCCUCCGGCCGCUCUCAGCCUGCAGACGGUCCGGGUCAAGACUGAGAAGAGGGCCACCGGGGACACUACACCCUGUGCUGUAGCCUGCGCCAGCCCCAAACCCGGCCCUGCGGACAGCAGACCGCCCAGAGACCCGUUCCCCAGUGGACCUGCUGACCUGGACCCUCUCAGCCAGCUGCUGCCCACCCUCAGGGACCCCGCUGGGGCCAAGCAGGGCAGCAAGGAGAAGGGUGACCCUCAGGCCCUGUCGUCCCAUAGCCCCCAGACCCAACCUCAACCUCGGCUCCAGUCACCUCCACAGCCUCGGCUUCAGUCCCCCUCCCAACCUCAACCCCAACUUCAGUCCCCUACUCAGGUCCAGCCUCAGAAUCAUCUUCAGUCCCCUCUCCAGUCCCCUACCCAUCUCCAACCCCAGAACCAGCUUCAAUCCCCUUUCCAGUCCCCUACCCAUCUCCAACCCCAGAACCGGCUUCAAUCCCCUACCCUACUCCAGCCCAGCGAGGCCAACGUACCUAGAGCCAUGAAUGUGAAGAGGGAGCCUCCCGGAACACCAAGCCGAGGGCUCACGGAUGGCUCCUCCAGCCUGCAGAACCAGUCACACUUUGACUUCAGCAGCCCCACCACCCCCAGCCAGGGACAGGGACAAGGGGAGCCAUUCCAGACACCGAAAGACAGCAGCAGCCCCUACACAGAGCCUGGACUCAUGAACUCGUUCAACUCCAACACCGGGUUGUCUAAGAUGGAGACGGACUCUCAGCAGUUCCGGCCCCUGGCCCUGACUGACUCUCUGUCCUUUGAUGGAGGCAUGGGAAACCCCGUGCAAGCCUCUCUGGCCUCCCCUCGGGAGCAGUGUGUCCCGUGCCCGCUGGACCAGCUGCUGUGCCCCCCCACCACCCCAGAGGGACGUAACGAUGAGAAGGCCCUCCUGGACCAGCUGGUGUCCUUCCUGAGUGGGACGGACGAGAGCGAGCUGGCAGAGCUGGACCGAGCCCUGGGCAUCGACAAGCUGGUACAGGGAGGCUGCUUUGAUCCCACCCCUCAACGGUUUCCCUCCCAGCCCCCUGCCGCCACUCCCAUCUCCAUGGACCCAAAGCUGCCUGGCUACCCCUCUCAGUUCAGCACUGGCGCCCCUGCCCAGUUCCCUCGAGAGAUGGGGCAGGGUAUGGGGGUCUUUGGGGCACCCAGGGGGGCCUUCCCCGGGGGCAUGGGCAGAGCGCCUGGCGUUGCCAACCAGCUCCGACUGCCACCCAACCAGCUGAGGUUACAGCUGCAACAGAGGCUGCAGGGCCCACAGCAGCUGCAGAACAGGCUGGCUGCCAUGAGCCAGUUCCCAGGGGGAGCUCACGUUGCCAUGGGGAUGCGUCAGGGAGUGCAGCAGCCUCAUAUACCCUCUCAGCCUCCUCUAAACGCCCAGAUGCUGGCCCAGAGGCAGCGGGAGCUCUACAGCUUCCAGCACCGCCAGAGGCAGCUCCUGCAGCAGAAGGUCAUGUUGAUGAGGCAAGGCAUGGGGACCGGGGGGCCUAUUGGGGCCACCAGGGGACUAAAAGGACCCCAGCCACAGCAACAACAGUUUAGCUACCCUCCAGGCUACAGCCCCAUGUCAGGAAACCCACCCAGCUCUCCCAGCCUCUUCAAUCCUAUCGGAGGGCCCCUGGACCCCAAGCUGUCGGGCCUGGGCCCCAUGGGCAGCCAUUCAGCCAUGAUGGGUGGGAUGCAGGGACAGUUUGUGGGGGGGGUGAACUCGGCGGUCCAGCCUGGGCUCUUCCAGCAGUUUGGAGGACCGGGUAUGGUCCAGCAAGGAGACCCCUCGUUCCCUCUAGAGCUCAGCCCCACCAGCCCCUUGCUGUCCCCUCAGAACUCCACCUCCCAGAGUCCUCUGCUCCAGCAGGCCCAGCCUCCUCCUGGGUACCAGUCACCUGACAUGAAGAGUUGGCAGCAAGCUGGCAUGGGCGGCAACAGCUUAUUCAGCCAGACUGGUCAGACGACGCCCCAGGCCUUUGGGCAACAGGGGGUCUACAACAACAUGAGUAUCACCGUGUCAAUGGCAGGAGGCUCAGGGGGUGUGGGCUCACUACCUCCCAUGGGACCACCCGUUGGCCUGGACAACAGUAACCUUGGCAACUCCAUGUGUAACGAUCAGGUACAGCAGGUUCAAGUGUUUGCCGACGUCCAGUGUACGGUGAACCUGGUGGGCAGCGACUCCUACCUAAACCAGCCGGGGUCCAUAGGCCCCCAGAAAGGACCCCAGGGGCCUCAGAGCAGCCAGUCCCAGCAGAAGAGCCUCCUCCAGCAGCUCCUCACAGAGUGACUCCUCAGCUCAGCUGCCUGCCAGCGGAAAGGUUCUCCAUAGACCACCACAACCUCUUUUCUUUUUCACCUUUGGUUUUAGACAGCUACCUGCUGGACUGGUUAGGAAGGCCCUGGGAGGGAGACUGAGGUCCAGGUAACAGCGUGUCUGUCUACCUACCUGACAGCCUCAGCCCGUAACGUAAGACCGCAACGGUCGUUCAGCACUCAUUCCUGGUUACAUACUUUCAACACAAAGUCUGCUUCCUGUUCUGAGAAAGGAAUCCGGUUCCGGUUUUGGCAAGUCGUCGCAGUCGUCAAAACAUGUCCCGGUUCCUUAUUGGCCCGUUCCAUCAGGCCGUCGCAGCAGUACGUUUUGGGAGUGCGAGCAGCGUGCAGCUGAGCUCAGCUUUGGGUGGUUAACCCGUCGUCUCGCCCUUUUGCCUCGUGCGGGGCAGGUGGGGCGAUGUUGUGGGGACAACGUUUUAAGAAUGUUAGGUUUUUAACCUCUGCAAUGGAAAGCUCAGUUUCAGCUGGAUCUGUGACUGACUGGCUCUCUCCACUGCAGUGCCUGAUGGGAGGAAGUUCCCAGCUCUCAUUUUUGUUUUUCUGUUCUCGUCAUCUGCGUCGUCAGGACAACAAGCAUCACGGCCAGGAUGGGAUGGGAGACUGCUCUGCUCUGUUCAGUUGGCAACACUGUCUUUCCUGGGAGGGCAUUUUCAAACUACCUGACUGUCAAACUAACUGUCUGUCCGACACAUUUUUCUCCCCAGCAUCUGUGAAUACGAGCCACAAUGGGCUCUCUUUGGCCUAUCAGUGUUGUUUUUCCAUGUAGAAACGCGCAGCUGGGUAGUAUUGUCCAGCAAAGAUGAGAUUAAUUCACACUAUCUACUUCCCUUUCAACAGCGUAAUUGAAUUACUCUAAAAAGCAACUGUCAUUUUGAGCUCAAACUAUACAUUGCGAUUCAUUGCAGGUUUUCCCCCCCUUUUAAAAAAAUUGCUGAGUCUAAGAUGUCAGUUAUGUUUUAAGGCGACAUUUGGCAUUAUGAAAAUGUAACACUGCUAAAUGUUGUUGUGGGGAAACUGUCUCUAUUCUGUAAUGUGAAAAAAGAAAAUCUUGGUAUAAGAAUUUUUGCGAUUGAUUUAGAAAUGGCUAACUCUGCUCUUUUGGCAUCCCAUUGAAUGUUUCAAUAUCCUUAAAUUAACCUCAAAACAAACAGGAGUGGAUUAUCAAUAUCACACAAUGACAUAAAUAUGUUGUAGCUAGUAACCGUAGAAUUUCCUCACUAAGAAGUGAUGGAUGUUGAAUGGGGUGUUGUCUUGGAAACACAGCUCUCUCUAUCUCUCUCCUCCGACUCUGCCCGUGAUGAUGUCACUCCACUGGCCGCACACUACAGCUCUUUUUGACUGCUCAUGUGACCUACUGUUGCCCAGUCAGACACUGUCUAUCAGCGCUAACCUCUGUUGAUAUUUACUAUACACAUUCAUUCACAUAAAGUCCUGCCAACAAACACAAUGUUUUUUAUAGGGGUAAACAAGAACCUAUUAACAAGCAAUAACCAUAAUUGAAGAGACAAAAUACAUGUUUUGCGACGUUGUAAUGAUAAUGAUGAAAAAUCAAGUCUACUUGGCUUCUCUGCUCUAUCCCGGGUACCUGUAUUUCUGAUUAACAAGGCUUUCUAAAGGAGAACUGUUAUUAUCCAACUAGAUGUCUCACUGCUGUGUAUAUACAAGGUAUUUCACAAGGUGUGCAACAUUACCCGAGCACAGCUAAUAACUGAGGAGGGUUAGGGAUGAUCAGUUGAAAUAGCAUGUAUGAUCACCAUCCUCCUCCGGAGACCUCAAACUGAACACCAACUCAAACUGAACACCAACUCAAACUGAACGCCAAUGUUCUAUGAUUUGUGAAUCACUUUAUGUACAGUUUCAAUGGCGUCUGUGUGCGUGUGCUUUAUACUGUACCCAAACAGUGGCUCAGGCGUCCUCACCAUACAACUCAAAUUCAACCUGGAAAUGGGAUCAUUUCGUGUGAUGUCGAUUACAGUUGACAUGAAAAGCUGGUAGCAAUGUCCAUUUGAAUACUUUUACAGAGAAACCAUUUGUGAAACAGAUAAACCUUGAUUUUACAUACCAAUUGUUCCUGUGUAUUUUAAGACAAUUAAAAUGUUGCUUUGCUUUUACCCUAUUGCAUAAAUAAUGAAAAGAGGUAUUUCAAUUUCAUUCUCUUCUGAUAAUGUUACAUUUUUUCUUUUCUAUUUGAACGGGCCGUGGGUUAACAGUUAGUAUUUAUCAAGGUUAAAGCCAUUCCUCAGCCACUGUUUGGUUUAUGUAAAUAAACAUACACUUUACAAGACACACGGAAGAAACACAAAUGAAUAACAGAAUGUUUGCGGAAGGAUUUCAUUUGUUUCCAGUAUACGUGUACUAUAUGGGGUACCAGCUAAAGGUUUUACACUCACAGAAGUAUUACAAAGCAUAACGUGUUUGUUUGUUUUCAUCUUCUUCACAUUCUCUCCAGCCUUUGCUCCUCAUUGAGGAACAGGCAUUUCUGUAUGAAUAGUGGUAAUAGAACCGCAUCAAAUGUGGAAGUUAAUCCGAUCUGUUAAUAUCAACUGUUUAGCAUUUGGGAUAUAAUAUUGCCAAAUUCAAAGCACCAUUAGACAACGCUCAUUAUCAAACAGACAUUAUUUUAAGCAAGACCUGCUCAAUGGCAAAGACAGUCCAUUCAGUACAGGUACAAGGUAAAUAUUUGAACUGGUUCUUCAACAUGUUAACAUGUAUAUAACAGACAAUGUGAAUAUGUAUUUCUUCAGAAUCAACAAAAUGUAGUGCUCCAAGUUUGUGGUAUUAACUACUCGCUUCCAUUUUUUUUUCCAUUUUGAUGUAUAUGACUGUCUGAGUGUGUGUAUGUAUGUGAUUAAUACUGUGUAUCUGGUGUUUAAGAUGGAAACCGAUUAUGUCCUGAUUUGAUUUCUUCUUCUUUUUAGAUACCUGCAAGUUUUCCUGUGGGUGUUGUUCAGAUUGCUCUUUAUGUGAGGGAAUGGUUUAGCGACUGCUGAAUGUGAUUUUACUGAGAGAGAAGCAGCAUGGAUUGGCUUUUGUACGGGUUAAUUUAAAAAGGCCAUAUUAUUUAAUUUAUCUGUUAUCAAAAAGUUUAAACAGAUCUGAGAAAGUGGAACCUUGGAUUCUGAGAAGCAUCGCUUCAGUAGUUAAGUGGGCUUUUGUAGAUUUCCUGAUGUAGUUUUUUGCAUUUUCAGAAGUAAUGACCAAAGCUUCAAGAUGUUUAAUUCAUAUCAUAUGCAAGCCUCAUGCAAUUGGAUGAGACAAAAUGUAGCGUUUGUUCAAUUUUCUAAAAUGAAAUAGUAUCAUACCUAUACAUACUAGCUCCUCUUUGACCACAUGACUAAUUUGUGGUAGUUUGUGCUUUGCCUGUUUGUCCUUUAUUUCCUUUUUGACACGUUUUGUCCUAAGAUACUGACAAGUGACCUAUCAGCUAUAGUAUUUUUAUGUAACUUGUAUUCUUUGGAAUUUCCCAAAGUAUGAUCAGUUAGAAACUUAUUCUCCCUGUUGCCAUUGACUCCUAGCAAAGAUGCAAAAAGUAUUGCAUGGCCUGACCUGCUGUCAUUGUUUACAGGAAGAGAGAACCUUGCAACAGCUAGCUAUGCACCUUAGCGAAAAGCAUUUAUUUUACACUGAUUUAAGUAUUCAAAGCCACACUAGAAUCUGAAUCAAUUAUUUAAAUCAUGGUAUUUUCAGUCAUUCGUUUCUUGAAGAGGAGAAAAAAACUACCUAACUUUCCUUUUUUUAACUUAAACUAGUGUUGUUGAUAAUCGUCUGAUCUAUCAACUGAAUCUCAUUAAAAAAUAUUAAUGUAUUUAGCUGAAUACUUUAUACCAAAUUUGAGGUGCCUCUUGUAUAUAUUUUCUGCAUAGAGGACUGCUCCUCGCUGAUAAUGUUAAUGAGGAUUUUCUUAUCUUUACCUUUAUAAAACAAGUUUGCUGUAUUUUACAUGACUUUUUUACUAAAUAUCUAAAUAUUCCAGGAAUUUGCAAGAAAUACAAUCUAGUUUUGCACUUUAUAUCAGAAUUAUUAAGAGGAAACAGGCCAUCAUGAAUACUGUUCAAAUCAGAUGACUAUUUCACGAUUAGGAAGAAAAAAAGGAAAUCCCCUGAAUGUAUUACAAAGUAAAAUAUUGAUUUGACUUUUCUUUAGCAAUCCUAGUCAUUUCUCAGGUUCUUAAAAACAAAGAACUUGGUUGUAUAGCUUAUCAAUAUGAUGACUAAAGAGAAGUGUACUUUCUCUACAACUAAUCUAUGUAGUUUCAGUUCUUUCUGCCACAGAUCCUCAAUCUAAACUAUGCGUAUCUUCUUCAGGUGAUCCACUGCCCCUUCCCUCAGCCAUCAGCUAACUAACGCGCGUACACUCAUACGUCUUGUCUUGCAGCAGCUUCAACUGUUAAAAACAUUCCCCCUCAGCUAUGCUCCCUGCAAUUAUUGUACUCUGCUAUAUAGUGUAGCAUCAGUUCUAUUCAUUAUGUUUCUAGGCUUAGUAAUACCUACCAAGCAGUAACAGCCCUACAUACGUUUACUGCUAUCCCUUUUGCAUUUCUUCACCACCUUAUCACAUACUGUCUAACACAGAAGUAACAUCCUUAGAUAAGAGUACUGCACUCUACCCUACACAGAAAUUACCUCUCAACUGUUAGAUUAUUGGAGCAACUGUUUGCUGAUGAUGUUUGUCAAGUAUUGUAAGUGCUGCCUUAUCGAGACUGAAGUUGGUUGUGGUUGGAGAACUCAAAAGCUUGUAUCUCGCCACUUAUAAGGGCAAUGAUUUCUCAUUGAAACGAGGUUCCACUUUUUCCCCUGUAAAAUGAAUAUAUAUAUAUUAUAUAUAUAUAUAUAUUUUACACAUUUUGUCCAGUUAUGUUUAUUAUACUUGUAUAAACUUGUUUUUAGAGAGGCAUCGGAGCAGCUGUGUAGGACAAUAUGAAUGAAGUAUCUGGAAGAAUUAUGCAUGUUUUUAUUUCUGUGUCCAGGUGGAAUACCUGGGAUAAAUCCUACCUUUUCUUAGGACAUUGUAGACAAUCAGUCUCAGGCUGGGUCCAGUACCUACAGGGGGUCCCCCCUGUAGGCUGAAAAACAAACAGUUUUUGCAUCUACUGAAAUGUCUUAUUCGUCUGUCUGUUUUUUGGGAGGUAUGUGGCUGCUCAGACUGGGAUUAGUUCAAAGUUUACACACUUCUACACAUACACCUCGUGCGUUCGAUCCCUCUGUUGCUUUUUCAAGGUGAAGAUGCUGACCUUGAAAGGAAAUGAUGCUUUGACUAACAAAUCUAUAACAUCCAUGAAUGUGAGAAUGCAACACAUCGCAAUAAAAGCACCGUGUAAAACAGGUUA